AUGGGGACCUACUUUAGGCAUUUCUUUUUCCCACGUUUUGAACGGGUUCGGAACCUUCAUUCGUUGCUAUGUGCCCAGGGCUUGGGGAAAGAGGAGUCCAGAGAAAAAGAAAAAGAAGCUUCGCUUCCCUUCGUUUGUACGGUUAGAGUCUCGCUUUCAUACGGAAAAAAGACGCUUUCGAAAAGCACUUUACCUGAGGGACGACAUUUUAGACAUCUUACGCCAAUGGCGAUUGCCGCCGCCAUAACUCUGCCGUCCACGGCCGUCAGCCGACGAUCGCUUUCCUCCACUUUCACAGCUCCUUCCGUCUCUCGUCUCUCCUCGGCGUCGUUUCACAAUUCUAAUUCCCUGAAACCGGUCUCCCUUCGAGCGGGCAAAACCCGACCCGGUUUCCAAAUCUCCUCCUCGAUGGCCGUUCAGGCGCCGGAGGCGGACUCCACGACGUCGUUUCUCGAUCGUAGGGAGAGCGGAGUUCUUCAUUUCGUCAAGUAUCAUGGGCUGGGGAAUGAUUUCAUUUUGAUUGAUAAUCGAGAUUCAACCGAGCCCAAAGUUACUCCGGAACAAGCAGUCAAAAUGUGUGAUAGGAACUUUGGGAUUGGAGCUGACGGGGUGAUAUUUGCAAUGCCAGGCACCAAUGGCACUGAUUAUACCAUGAGGAUAUUUAAUUCUGAUGGUAGUGAACCUGAGAUGUGUGGCAAUGGAGUUCGGUGCUUUGCCAGAUUUAUAGCGGAGCUCGAGAAUCUUAAUGGCAAGCAGAGCUUUACUGUACACACUGGUGCAGGUUUAAUUGUUCCUGAAAUUCAAGAAGAUGGAAAGGUCAGAGUUGAUAUGGGUGAGCCGAUUUUGAAGGCAUCAGAUGUUCCUACAAAAUUAGCUCCAAAUAAGGAUCAUGCUGCAGUUAAGGCAAGAUUGGAUGUAGAUGGCUUGAUCUGGAAUGUGACUUGCGUAAGCAUGGGAAAUCCUCACUGUGUAAUUUUCAGUACAGAAGCCAGUAAGGACUUGGAAGUCGAUAAGCUAAAUUUAGCUGAAAUUGGCCCGAAAUUCGAGCAUCAUGCUGUGUUUCCGGCACGAACUAACACUGAGUUCGUUCAAGUUUUCUCUCCAAGUCACGUUAAAAUGCGUGUUUGGGAGCGUGGGGCAGGUGCAACAUUAGCUUGCGGAACUGGAGCUUGUGCUGUUGUGGUUGCUGCAGUGCUUGAGGGCCGUACGGGAAGGAGCUGUAGAGUGGAUUUGCCUGGAGGCCCAUUGGACAUCGAGUGGAGAGAGGAAGACAAUCAUGUCUACAUGACAGGCCCAGCCGAAGUAGUAUUUUACGGAUCUGUCCCUAUCUGAUAUUUUGGUACUUUGCAGUUUGCCCCUUUUUUUCUUUUGCUUUAGCCGGACGAGAAAAUGAUCAUGCAGGCGGGUUUCUUGUGCCGCACUCAAACUAUGCUUUACCGUAAACUUAUUCUGGGCGAUAACGGUCCAUGAUUAUUGUUUGUAUCGUCGAGGAAAAAGAUUGAUGUAGUUUUGUUGUGUGUUGCAUUUUUUUUCUCCCCUUUGGUGUUGUGUUUAGGAAUUGCUUUUUUGCUACUUGCCAAUCUGAUUCAAAAUAGUUCAAAUUGCUUUCAAAACUUGG